ACUUUUAACAGCUGGAAACCGCAGCAAACUUGCCUCUAUAUAGAGAAAAUGAAAUGUCCAUCAUCUUCAAAUCAAACCUUUCAAAAAUCCACCACUUGCUCUAAAAUAUCUCUCUGAUUUUGCUUCCAUAGCAUAAACCACCAAAGACAUUACUAUCCUAUUCAGACAGAGGAGUGAAACAUUAUCUUCAUUUCAAUCCUUUCAAGAAUCCCAAGGCAUCUUGCUCCAACAUGAUAUCAUUGCCAGAAGAUUGUGUUUCUGAAAUCUUAUCACACACAUCUCCACCAGACGCAUGCAGAUUUUCUCUAGUUUCCUCCACCCUUCGCUCCGCCGCUGACUCCGACAUGGUUUGGAGGAGCUUCUUACCCUCUGAUUACGAGGACAUUGUUUCCAGGGCUGUGAAUCCUUCCGCUCUUCAAUUCUCUUCUUACAAGCAACUCUUCCAUGCACUUUGCAGCCCUCUUCUUCUUGAUGGGGGUAAUAAGAGCUUCAAAUUGGAUAAGCUUUCUGGUAAAAAAUCUUACAUCCUCUCAGCAAGGGAUCUCUCAAUAACAUGGAGCAGCGACCCCAUGUUCUGGAGCUGGAGAUCAAACCCUGAAUCAAGAUUCAGAGAGGUGGCUGAGCUGAGAACAGUGAAUUGGUUGGAAAUAGAAGGGAAAAUCAGAACAGGGGUUCUGACUCCCAACACGUCAUACGGGGCAUAUCUGAUCAUGAAAGUCUCACAUAGAGGGUACGGGCUUGACUCUGCGCCGGCGGAGGUGUCGGUUGCGGUGGGGGGCAGAGUACUGCGGAGGGGGAAGGCGUAUUUGGGGCAAAAAGAUGAGAAGAAGGUGGAGAUGGAGACUCUGUUUUAUGGGAACCGAAGAGACAUAUUCAGAAACAGAGUGAUCCAACUAGAGCAAUUAGAAGAAGAAGGUAAAGAUGGAGGGGUAAUUCCAGUUCCAGGGAAGAGAGAUGAUGGGUGGAUGGAAAUUGAGCUAGGAGAAUUUUUCAGUGGUGGUGGUGAUGUUGAGAUCAAGAUGGGUCUGAGAGAAGUGGGGUAUCAAUUGAAGGGAGGUCUUGUUGUUGAAGGCAUUGAAGUCAGGCCUAAACAAACUCAAUCCACACAAAAAACAAAAUGUUGAGCAUAGAUAGCUCAUAACUUGUAAUUUACAUGAAAGUGUUAUCUUUUUUUUUCUUGUAAAGUGUAAAAAUGAAAGGAGUAUUAUGUUUUGUUUUA